AUGUCGUGCACUUUUUAUAAAAAAUUUUCUGUCUACAUUGAACAGGAUUGGACACAAGUUGAAUCUCAUUUCAUGGAAUAUGAAAAAAUAAGACCACCAAACUCUGACCCCUCCAAUUUAAUUCAAAAACUUGACCUCGCUUUAUCUAGUCUUAAAACCAAUUCUAAAGUUUACCUUGUCGGCGAUUUCAACUUAGAUCUCUCAAAGGCCUGCUCUGAUAAACUCGUUGCUUCCUUUUCCGAUUUACUGGCUUCCUUCAACUUUGUUCCUCUUAUAUCUCAGCCUACCAGAGUGACUCAUUCUUCCUCUUCUAUAAUAGACAAUAUCUUCACAAGCAAUCUAUCUCAUCACAUUUCUGGUAUUCUUUUACAUGACUUUUCCGACCAUUUUCCUAUUUUCGCUUUAUGUCCAAAUCAUUGUUUCCCCAUUCCAACAGCUCCAAUUAAACUUCGUAGAAAUCUCUGUCCUGAUUCUCUUAGGAAAAUCAACCUCCAACUUUCUGUCCAAGACUGGUCAUCUGUCACUACUCAAGAUAAUAUUAAUACAUGCUGCUCUACGUUUUAUGCCAUUCUUUUCUAUAUUCUGGACUCCGUUUCCCCUCUGCUUCCAAAUCCCAACCGCACGGUACAGCCUAUGGACGAUCAUGUCGAUGUGCUCAUUCCAUUUCAGAUCACUUUGUAUAACAAUUACCAAAAAUUUUAA